AUGGCAGGAUCGUUGGUGACUACAGAGGCCGAUCCUGGAUCUGCAGACUCUGGAACAGUAGGGACACGGGAACAGCUGGAAUGUGGGCGCUUGGAUGCAGCUGCUGGUUCUUCCAUAUACAUUUCUGGGGGUACCCAAGGCACUGCUGGCUCUGGCGAGUCCAUUGUCAAUGUCCCUUACUAUCGUAGUGUUGCUGGAGAUGACGCAGCCCAGGAACUAUUAACACAGAUAUGCUCCUUUCCACAGAUCAUCUUCUACGAGGACAGGAACUUCCAGGGUCGGCACUAUGAGUGCAGCUCCGACUCUGCUGACCUCUCCCCUUACUUCAGCCGCUGUAACUCCAUCCGUGUCGAGAGUGACUGGUGGGUGUUGUACGAGAGACCCAACUACAUGGGAUACCAGUAUAUCCUGAGCAGGGGAGAGUAUCCUGACUACAAGCACUGGAUGGGAUUCAAUGACUGUGUCAGGUCCUGUCGCAGUUACCCAUACUACCGAGGUGGAAACUACAGGAUGAGGAUUUACGAGAGGCCUGACUUUGCAGGGCAGAUGAUGGAAUUCAUGGAUAACUGUCUCUCUGUCUACGAUCGUUUCCGUUACCGUGACAUCCACUCCUGUCAGGUGAUGGAUGGUUAUUGGAUCUUCUAUGAACAUCCCAACUACAGAGGUCGACAGUACUUCCUGAGACCUGGGGAAUACAGGAGAUACAGUGACUGGGGUGGCUACAACUCAAUGAUCGGGUCCUUCAGGCGCAUGAGAGACUUCUAA